UAUAUUCCUUUAUUAUGACCAUAUGUACGGCCCUUUCAAAUCUCCCCCGAAGCAACGUCAACUCUCCUAAUUCCAUUCCCAAUGACAUCCGUGUCGGAAUCCCAAUUCGGCGCCGGUGGAAAAGUAGUAACCAACCGACGGAAGACGCGGCUCGCUGUCACACCCUACGACCGUCCGUCGCCUCCUCCUCCUCCUGCCAGAAGCCCUAAUUGGUUUUCUGGCGUAAUUAUACCAUCUGCACGUGCUAUUGCUUCUGGUGCUGGGAAAAUUAUUACUUCUGUGCUCUAUUCUGAUUAUUCGUCUUCUGAAGAUGAUGAUGAGUCCGAUUUUGAAGAUGAUGUUGAGAAUGACAAUGAUUACAGUGUCCCUUCUGAUGGUAUUAAUGAAUUGAACAAGGGGACUUUGUCAGAAGUGAUAGAAUCCAGACAGGGGUCUCAUUCUAGAUUGAGGAAGAGUGAUACCAAGUAUAUAAUUGAACAGCUAAUUUUGCAGGAGAUGUUCUCAAGGGAAGAGGGUGAUAAGUUGAUAAAAAUGAUCAACUCUCGCGUUGUGGGUUAUUCCACAAUAGAAGCUGGGCAGACAAGUCUACUCACUGUGCCUCCUGGGGAAACAGUUGGCAAUGAAAAUGUUGAUUUCUACAAUAGAACUGCUAUGGAAGCAAAAAUGUGGCUUGCAGAGAAGAAAGUGGGAUCAAGCCCAGUGUCAGACUUGGCCUAUGGGACCUGUGGGUUCAACUCCAUCGUGCUAGAAAAUAUUGGAAGUGAAGUUGGUUCUCCUGUAGAUGUGGCCAAGUCCUACAUGAAGGUCCGUCCACCUUGGAUCUCUCCCACAAAACAAAUUGAAGUAGGAACCCCAUCAACGAUGACAAUGGAGCCUUUUAAGGAAGGAACACUAUAUUCUGUGGGCAAUGAGUCCUUGUCUUCAUUGAAGGUGCAUUGAUUAUUUUUUCUUUAC